GGCCCGGCCCCGUCGCUGUGGGCGGAGGCGGCGGCCAUUGGCCAGGGCCGGCUCCGAGAUGGCGGCGAGCGCGGUGUCCAACCCGUCCCAGCUCCUGCCGCUCGAACUUGUGGACAAGUGCAUCGGUUCACGCAUUCACAUCGUGAUGAAAAGCGACAAAGAAAUAGUUGGGACACUUCUAGGAUUUGAUGACUUUGUCAAUAUGGUGCUAGAAGAUGUUACAGAAUUUGAGAUCACACCUGAGGGCAGAAGAAUCACAAAGCUGGACCAGAUUCUGCUCAAUGGAAAUAACAUAACUAUGCUGGUUCCUGGAGGAGAAGGACCUGAAGUAUGAAGACAUGAUAUUCAGAUGUACUUUAUAUAUAUGCAAAAUCUAAAUAGAGAUUUUGGGGUAGAAAUGUGUUUGGCUAUGGAUUGUUUGUUUGCUUUACUUACAUGCUUGACAUUUUACAAAAGACAGCUCUUUAGGAAAGGUGCUGGUGGUAAUGUUGACUUUGUAAGUUGAAAUCAUUACUUUCUUGUAAAGACCCCUGAACCUCUUCUGAAUAAAAGGCUUUUUCUUUGUUGGUUACUGUGUUCUGUCAGGUGAGUGCACUAGUUUGAUAAUUUUAUAACUACUUGAUGGAGUAGAAAAAUGACAGUUGUGUUUCGGUUGCCAUCAGUCUUCAUUUUUUCUACAUCUGUUGUGUUUGUUUCUGACCUAAAAUAUAAAAGUCUAUAUAAUACAGAAGUCAUGAGCCAGGACAUUACUGUGCUUUGGCAUACAGGCAGAUACUGAACUGGAUGUUUUGUUCAAAGUCUGUGUCACUGGAAACCAUGUGGCAGAAUUCUGUAGAGUUCUGAAAGCCCUUCAGACUGGGUGCAUCUGUUUGAUGCUUAGCAGCCUUUGGUUGUGCUGGCCUUGAGGUUCAACUUUUGUGGACCAUUUUGCUUGGUGGUUAUGCUUCCUUAUAGCAAAGGCCUUGCAAUGGCAUUUGGCAAGUGAGAACAGACAGACCUGACCUGUUUCCUGUUUUGAGACUAAAAAUCCCCAAAGCUGGUGUUCAGACUUCUCACUGGUGUCAGGGAUGACUGCUUUCACCACUCGAUGAUUCUGUGUAUACUCAAAUUGGGAGGUACCUGUGGCUGCUUACAUAGUUCGAAACAUUCAUUUUAGAGUAAACAGGAGCCUUGUAUCUCUAUCUGUUCUCCUGUGAUAUAAAAGUGUGACAGAUAUUGCAAGCUACUAUGUUAGGAUAAUUUCUGUAAGUAAUUGCUGUUAUGUUAUGAUGCCAUGCUCCCAGUGCAGCUUAUGCUUCCAUAGUACACCUCUCAGCUGGCUUUGGAGAGGAAUCACAGAUGCCUGCUGUCACUGUAGACAAGGUGGGUGCAGCAUGGGCUCAUGUGGACAGGGUGUGCUUUUCCUUCCCAUCACCAGAAGAAAAGAGUUGAAGAAGGGGGCUCAAAAGCAAGAUUCUGCAAGGAAGCUGCUGUACUGGAUCUUUCUGCCUUGCUUAAUCUGAAAGAAAAGCUGCCUUCUGCUAGCUGGGUGUGAGCUCCCAAAGCAGUGAGAAAGCCUGUUAAAAGGGAGAGGGAGUCCCUCCUCUCUCACAGGGAAAGUCUGGCUUCUGGCUCAUGUGUUCUAAGUAAGUGAUCUGUGAUUGCAGUGUUUAGAUUGUGUCCUGGCAAUCUAUACCAUUACUCCUUGAGUGUGUUUGGUUUUUCCCUUUCUGUCUCCAUUUCUUUUUCCAGCUUUUUUUAAAUAUAUGUAUUAAAAAAGAUACCGUUUUUAAAACUUAGAUUUGAUUGAAGCAUCAUCUAUGAGUGUUUGUGUCAAACACUUUAUUUCCUAGAAAUAAUUUGAGUUUUCACAAGAAAUGAGAGCACUUCAAAGAUAUCUAGUCAGGGCAGAACUACUGUGUUGGGUUAUUGUAGAAUAAGAUUUUGGUUUUGUUCCAGUAUAUGCACUUAAUUUCUAUUUCACUCAGUGUUCUGGAAACAAUCACGCUUCUGAGAGAAGAGUAGAUCUUGACUCAAAAGCAGCUUUUAUUCUGACAGCACAAACAUCUUGUUAUCUCAGAAGUUUGUUGCCUUGAAAAAGCCCAAACAACUUGGUACUGCCUCAGUUCUUGCUUGAUUUGCUGUGUUUUGUUCCAUUCACUCCAGAAGGAGUGCUAAGACUUUUAGGAAGACGUUUUAAUUCCUGACUCACAGGUCUACAGAGAUCCCUCUAAAGAGUUUAUGCAUGCAAAAUGCUGUUAGUCUUUUGUAAGAUAAAACAUUUUUUCACUAUCAGCUGAGAAUACAAAGUAUUCUAGGUAGGUCUGGUUUUCUUUGCAUUCAUUAUUCCCGUAGCCUGUUGCUUUGGAAGUGCAGCUAAUAAACUUGUCCAUUCAGCAA